AGAUGGUUAUCUAAAUGGUCUUGGAUGUUCUAUAAAAGUGUAACCUUCAGGAGUAGUGGAAACUGCAUAUAAGAAUCAUUAUGCUAUUUCAAAAUCGUCAUUGAAUGCUGGUCUGCUGUCUCGUGCAAGGGUCGCCUCGUCGUUACGUUCCUAGCCAUCCCAAUUUAACGGCGUGCAACAGCUGAAUCCGCGAUCCGAUUCCAAUCCAUGCUACGAUUGCCGACGAUUUUGAGGAAGUUCAGCAUGAAGACGCGUCAGAGGCUGGACUACCGCAACAAACUUAUCCUGGCGCCAAUGGUGCGCGUUGGCACGCUGCCCAUGCGACUCUUGGCCUUGGAAAUGGGUGCGGAUAUCGUUUACACAGAAGAGCUAGUAGACCUUAAGCUGAUCAAGAGCAUUCGCAGGCCAAAUCAUGCCCUGGGAACGGUGGACUUUGUGGAUCCAUCGGAUGGCACGAUUGUAUUCCGUACUUGCGCCCAAGAGACCUCCCGUUUGGUUCUGCAAAUGGGCACCAGCGAUGCUGGAAGGGCUCUGGCCGUGGGGAAGCUGCUGCAGCGCGACAUAUCCGGAUUAGACAUCAAUAUGGGAUGCCCCAAAGAGUUCUCCAUAAAGGGCGGAAUGGGCGCUGCCCUGCUUUCCGAUCCCGACAAGGCGGCACUUAUUCUGCGUACUCUUUGCUCUGGCUUAGACAUUCCAGUCACCUGUAAAAUACGCAUUCUGCCGGACGUAGAAGGGACCAUUGACUUGGUGCAAAAGUUGGCCGCCACAGGAAUAGCAGCCAUUGGCAUUCAUGCCAGGACGCGAGACGAGCGUCCUCAGCAUCCUGCCCAUCCAGAAGUUCUGCGGGCUGUUGCCCAGGCAGUGGAUAUACCAAUCAUCGCCAAUGGCGGUUCGAAGAACAUGCACUGCUACGAAGAUUUGCGGAAGUUCCAGGUGGAAUGUGGCGCCGCCAGCGUAAUGGUGGCUCGUGCCGCUCAGAUCAACGUAAGCAUCUUUCGGCCAGAGGGCCUACUGCCUAUGGACGAGCUUAUUGAAAAAUACCUGCGCCUGUGCGUUGAUUACGACAACGCGCCGCACAAUUCAAAAUACUGUGUGCAGAGCAUCCUCAGGGAGCUGCAGGAGACCCCACGGGGUAAACGUUUCCUUCAGUGCCAGACGCUGCAGCAGAUCUGCGAGAUUUGGGAAUUGGGCGACUAUUGUCGUCGGAAGCAGAAGGAGCUAAAGACGCUAGGCAACUCAGGACGGGCCGAAGUUGAGCCGCCAGAGGCGCAGGCCAAGCGACAAAAGUUGGAGGAGGCUGAAACAGCUAUUUUGGAUGAUUAUGCAGGCGUUAUUUGCCGAAACAUGCCUUUUCUUCGCUCAACCUAUCCAAGUGAUAACCAUCUGCCUAAGACGCAGUUGUAUGUUCAUGCAGGAAGGGAAGGAAAAUCCCCGCCUGCCUAUGAAACACAGCAGUGCGACAAACUAUUCCGGUCCAUUUGCACCUAUGAUGGCCAACGUUUCAGUAGUUCGUUCUGGGAGAAGAACAAGAAACAGGCAGAACAGGGAGCCGCUCUGGUGGCCCUCCUCCAUCUUGGCCAGCUGGAGGCAGAGGUUUUGCGCGAUAAUGGUAGUCUACUCAAUUGACAAGCGUACAGAAUCUAUAGGUAAUUUUGUGUAAAUACCUCCUAGUAGGCUAUGUCUGAACUUUAAUUGUUUGCUUUUGGCUGCCUUAAAUGUUGACAGUGGUUACAGUGUUACUUGGACUUUAUCCCAUGGGUUCAUAUUAUUUUUAUUUUCUUAAUAAAAGAAAACCAUAUAAAGUUA